AUGUCGGUUACACGAAAGAACCUUCUCGUUCCUGGUCUAAAAAUAUCUAAAGAACUGGCAGAUGACUGCCUACCCGGAGAAUUUCUUUUUGGUUCUAAUUUAACUCAGAAAUUAGACACAGCAAAAUCUCUUCUAAAUGUGAGUAAGGAUCUGAAACUCCCGACUUAUCAGAAUAAAGUGGGCGCUUCUAAACCAGCACUCGCUCCCAGAAGGGCACAAAAAGGAGGAGGGGGACAAACCCGAGCUGUCUAUACAGAAACCUCAAGAUCAUCAGGGUCUUUAAACUCUCGCCCCCCGACUCACCGAUUGGGGGUAGUGAAAGAGGAGACGACAUUAGAAUUGGAUAUAAAUUACCAUUUGUUAAAACACCUAUUCAGCCACAAAUCCCAAAUAACGCUAAUCAUUCAUAUGAUGAAAACCAAUUAA